UUUCUACAUUUUGCUACACGCCAUCAACCUUAUCUGACGAAAUGUGUGGUUAGACUGCUUUGUUGAGAAUGAGCAUUUCCGCAGAGCUUCACUGUCUUAUCAACGCGAUAAGGGGCUCUUUAUCAGCACCCACUGAUCAUACGAGCCAUCAAGUAUCCAGUCGCAGACAGUCAGAUUAAUCCCGUACAACAGGCAACAUUGUUGCUCGCCUCCAGAGUGUUCGUCAUAAAUCAAAACUUCUGCCAGUGACUUGAAAUAUCUCUAAAGCUCCAGCUGAGCUGCAAACGCCCUUGAAGCUUUCUAAUUACAAAUUUGCAAAGAUGUCUUCGAAUCGUGUACUGUCCAUUCAGAGCCAUGUCGUGCACGGCUAUGUGGGCAACAAGUCUGCCACCUUCCCUCUGCAGCUCCUUGGCUUCGAUGUGGACACCAUAAAUUCAGUACAUCUCAGCAAUCACACGGGCUAUCAGCACGUCCGGGGUCAGCGAAUGAAUGAUGCUGAAUUGCAGGAUGUCUUCGAGGGCAUCGUGAAUAAUGAUCUGCACAAGAUGUAUUCCCACUUGCUGACAGGCUACAUCGGAACCCCUGAGUUCCUCAGGAAGAUCGUAGACGUCGUGAAGACCCUCAAGAAGGCCAAUCCGAAGCUGAUCUUCUUCUGUGACCCUGUGAUGGGUGACAAUGGUCGCUUCUACGUCCCAGAGUCCUUCGUGGAGAUCUACAGAGAUGAGAUAAUGCCAUUCGCGGAUAUCGUGUCGCCCAAUCAAUUUGAGGCCGAAUUGCUGGCUGGACGCACGAUUGCGACCGAAGAAGAUGCCUGGGCGGUGUUAGAUUGGUUCCACUCUCGUGGAGUCAAGAUUGCGGUGAUCUCUUCCACCACCAUUGGCGCCCCGGACAAUCUUCUGGCCUUCCUCAGCGAAUUGCCAGCGGGAAGCUCCACACCCAAGCGCUCUUCGCUCAUGAUGCCCAAGAUUGGCAACGUCAACUUCACUGGCACUGGGGAUCUCUUCACUGCCCUCUUCCUGGGACACACCACAUCAUGUGCACACGCCAGUGAAGCCCUGGAGAAGACCGUGGCCUCACUGCAGGCCGUCAUUCGCAACACAGCCGCACGCUUGCCGGCCAAGAGAGAGCCUGGCGUGAAAGUGCCGUUCGAAGACAGAGAAUUGCGCAUUGUGCAAAGCAAAAAGGACAUUGAGGAGCCCAAGGUUACCAUCGGAGCCACGCUUCACCCUUGAGUGAUUGCUUGAAUGCGCAGAAGUUAAAAAAAAAGAAAAGAAAAAGACAAACACAAGCAAACAAACGUUGGAUAAACAGGAAGUUAGAAUGAUUAGGAAUAAUUUGUAAAUAAAUUUAAGUUUGAGGGUUUUGUGACUCAUAUCAAAAUUAGGACAAUAAAUCUAUCUGUGAAUAGCAAUGAUGAAAAUAUAUUGGCAUUGUCUCAAAACAAUAA